UUAAAUACCCCAACCUAUCCUGCACUUCACCGUCAAGAAUAGCAAAGCAAAAGCAAGCAGCUAAGCCAGUAUCAGCACUCGCUUCUCUCAUUCUCUGUUGUUAUUCUCUUUCGAGUUUAGAGACAAACAUGUCGUUGAUCCCUAGUUUGUUCGGUGGUCGAAGGAGCAGCAUCUUCGAUCCCUUCUCUCUGGACGUAUGGGACCCGUUCAAGGACUUCCCUGUCCCUUCUUCUUCACUGGGAAAUUCAGCGUUCGUGAACACUCGCGUGGACUGGAAGGAGACUCCAGAAGCUCACGUGUUCAAGGCCGAUCUUCCAGGUCUGAAGAAGGAGGAGGUCAAGGUCGAGAUCGAAGACGACAGGGUGCUUCAGAUAAGCGGCGAGAGGAACGCCGAGAAAGAAGACAAGAACGACAAGUGGCACCGAGUUGAACGUAGCAGUGGGAAGUUCAUGAGGAGAUUCCGGUUGCCGGAGAAUGCGAAAAUGGAUAAGGUUAAGGCUUCCAUGGAGAAUGGGGUACUUACUGUGACUGUUCCGAAGGAAGAGGUUAAGAAACCUGAGGUCAAGGCCAUUGAGAUCUCUGGUUAAAGAAGAUGAAGAGUUGAUGGCAUUCUCUGUUUUCUUUCUGGGUUCGUAUCUAUGAAUGAGUCUUCCUUUGUCUUAUAAUAUUGGAGAAUCAAUUUUUGUAAUAUAGUGUGUUGUGCUUUCUGGAAAUUUUAAUAACCUGGUGAUGGAUAAGAAAUGGUUGAAGAGACAGUCGUGUGAUGCAUAGUCUGUUCUUGGGUUGUCAUAUUGAAAUAAAUUGUAUUUUUAAAUUUGUUUUAA